AUCUUUCCCGCAUUCGCGCUUUUCUAAAACCCAGAGCCACUCAGCACUGAGCAGCGAAGGGAAGAGAAAGAUUCGAAUCGCAGCGUCAAAACUAGAAAAGGAAUUAAGAGGCGGACAAUGGAAGGAAAUCAGAUGGGGAAUGGUGAAGGAGACCAAUGGGUUGGGGAGGACGCGUCGCCUAUUUUGUCAUGUCGCGCCUGUAUUGCAGCCAUGCUAUGGUUGAUUGGUACAGUUCCAUAUUUUGCGGAUUUUGUUUUCCAGAAUGGUCUUCAAGAGCUGUGCCAUAUCAAUCUCUCCCGUGAUACCAUCAUUGUCAUGUGUGUAAUGUUGGCUUGUUUUUACGCUCAUUGGUACUAUGCCCACCAUGUUUCCCUUGGUAGGAUUUGGAGACAGAUAGCGUUGAUGGGGGAAUUUCUUCAGUUCUUAUGUGCAGUUGUGCUCCCUGCCAUUCCAGCUUGCAAAAAUUAUUCUUUAUGUGGGGAAGAUUCACGUAAAUUCAAUAAUUUCAUCCAAUUUAUGCUGGUACGAGCUGCUUUCUUGUGGUUGUAUACAGAUGCCGCAUUCAUCUUGGGCGAUGGCCAUCACCGUUAGGAUCAAUUGUCCUCGAGCAAAAGAGCAGGCAAAUGAAGAAUUGGUUUAGCGCGAAGUGUACAGAUAGAACUCUCAUUUUCUAUUUAUCCAAUGUUUCUUGUUAGUAUAAAGCACAUCACCCUUUGCUGUUCAAGUUAGCCUAUUAAGUGUUGUGCAUACAUGUACAUUUGAGAAUAAAUAGAAGAUUACAGAGAUAAGAAGUCAUGAG